UUUUGAAUAUUAUUACGACCAGUACAGUAGUUAUCUUGUGAGUUAGCUAUAUAGCUAGAUACUCCUAUAACGGUCGCUUGUUAGCAUUUCAGUCGUCCGUUGAACCCUAGCUAGCUAGCUAACAUUAAAAGCUAACGAGCUUGGGUUUCAGUUAGAAAAUGCUAUCCAUGGCUAUAUGGCUAACUUGCUUGCCUACUGUACGUUGAGUGUUGUUAUUUACAUGGUGCUUUGUUGUAUCGAAGACUGAUGGAAACCAGUAUGGACACAGAUUUAGUAAAUUCGUAAUAUAAUUUGACUUGAGAUGAUUGUAGUUAGAAACAUUGUGCUGUACUGUAGGUAACUUACGUUAACUGAUAAUUUUGGUGGUAAAUAGCUAUAUGUGUGGGUGUAACGUUAAUGCCCGAAGCUACUCUUAAGAAGUACCCGGAACUAAGGGGAAAGCAUCUGCCGUCUUUGCUGAUGUAUGACCAAUCUACCGUCGGCUAUCAAUAACUAGACUGUACUUUAGCUAAUAGUUGCAACGAUUACAGUAUAGUAGCUUGAGUGGGACCCGGCAAUCAAGAUUUCAAGCCCUAUUUUGAGUAAGAUAGAUUGCCCAGCACUGAUAUAGCAGCGUCACUAUCACCGCCUGCCUGCCUCUCCUCUCCUCACUACCUCUUCAGUCCAGUCUCCUGUGCCUGCCUGUAGGUCAGCCCUGAGAGAGUCCUGUCUGUCGACAGUGCAGCGAGGGGACAGCGAGAUAGAAGGACCCGCGCUGAAUGACUUGAGACUCUGGAGACAAGAGGCCCAGCAGGUAACGGGAGGGAGCCCACUUGGAAGGAAGUUGUCUGCUCCUGGACCCCUCCAGCACCCGGAGGACUCCCCUGUGGCCACCUCCAUCUCCGGGGACCUGAAUGAGGAAGUGUUGUUUCAGGUUUUGGUGCAGAGGUCCUCGUUAGGUUGGUCCCAGGACACAACCUGUCUGUCUUGUCAGCGCUCUGGUUUAGACACAUCAGCUAUCUCAGUGUGAGGAGGUUCUGGUGUCGAUACUGGAUUGUUCAGUCACCUAUUUUGCUCACUCAAUUUUUUUUGCUGUUUUGUGUUUUUUUUUUUGAGUCAACACCCCUGCCUGCUUGAUCAGCCGUCAGGGGGGCGGUCACAGAGCACCAGUCUGUCUGUGGGACUCUAGUAGCUUUCAAGCAUCUAUUCUGGUGAAUAAUCCCCUACCCGGUUGGAAUUGGGAGUCCGGUUCUUUUACCGGUUGUGUGAACCGCUGAAGCUGGGGCGCGACUCAUGUGAUGCAACCAUGUCGGAUUUUAGUGAGCGCAGGCCGGUCAACACGGACUACGCCAUCUCCCUGCUGGAGCAGCUCAAGUUUUUCUAUGAACAAAAGUUACUGACUGACGUGGUCCUGCUGGUGGAGGACAACGAGUUCCCCUGUCACAAGAUGGUUCUGGCCACGUGUAGCUCCUACUUCAGGGCGAUGUUUAUGAGUGGCCUCAGUGAGAGUAAACAGACACACGUCCAUCUGAGGAAUGUGGACCCUGCCACGCUGCAGAUCAUCAUAACCUACGCCUACACUGGCCACCUGGCCAUCAACGACAGCACCGUGGAGCCCCUCUACGAGACCGCCUGCUUCCUGCAGGUGGAGGAUGUGCUUCUACAGUGCAAGGACUACCUGGUGAAGAAGAUCCAUGCAGACAACUGUGUGCGGAUGCUGAGCAUCGGGGACCUGUUCUCCUGUGUGGAGCUGAAGCAGAGCGCCAAGCGCAUGGUGGAGCACAAGUUCCCUGUGGUUUACCGGCAGGAGGCCUUCCUGCAGCUUUCCCACGAGCUGCUGGUGGACAUACUGAGCAGUGACAACCUCAACGUGGAGAAGGAGGAGACCGUUCGGGAGGCGGCCAUGCUCUGGCUGGAGUACAACAUGGAGGCGCGCUCCCAGUACCUAUCGUCGGUGCUCAGUCAGAUCCGCAUCGACGCCCUCUCCGAGGUGACUCAGCGAGCCUGGUUCCAGGGCCUGCCUCCCAACGACAAGUCCGUGGUGGUGCAGGGCCUCUACAAGUCCAUGCCCAAGUUCUUCAAGCCCCGCCUGGGCAUGACCAAGGAGGAGAUGCUGAUCUUCAUGGAAGCCACGUGGGAUUCGCCGGCGGACCUGGGCAAGGUGAUGGCCGGGCCCAACCACACUGUGGUGUGUUACAGCCCGCAGGCGGAGAAGGUCUACAAGCUCAGCAAUCCCCCCGGCGACCUGCAGAAGGUGGGAACCCUCGUCACCCCCGACAACGAUGUUUUCAUAGCCGGCGGGCAGAUCUCACUGAAGAACACGAUCGCCAACCACGGAAAGGGCACCGGCAAGGUGCACGCGGUGUACCGGUCCGUGGACAGCUUCUUCUGGUUCGACGCCCAGCAGAACACCUGGGUGCCGAAGACGCCCAUGAUGUGCGCACGCAUCAAGCCGUCCCUGGUCUACUGCGAGGGCUACAUCUACGCCAUCGGCGGGGACAACGUCGGCGGCGAGCUCAACAAGCGCACCGUGGAGCGCUACGACUGCGAGAAGGACGAGUGGUCGAUGGCGUCGCCGCUGCCCUGUGCCUGGAACUGGACGACGUCCGUGGCGGCCCACGACUGCAUCUACGUGAUGACCCACGACCUCAUGUACUGCUACUUCCCCCGCGCUGACACGUGGGUGGAGAUGGCCAUGAGGAAGACGAGCCGCUGCUUCGCGUCCGCCGCGGCCUUCGGCGACCUCAUUUUCUACGUGGGCGGCCUCCACGUGGUCUCCAACUCCGGCGUCCGCUUGCCCACCAGCACCAUUGACGGCUCCUCCGUCACCGUGGAGAUCUAUGACGUCGGCAAGAACGAGUGGCGCCUGGCCGCCAACAUCCCCGCCAAGCGCUACUCGGACCCGUGCGUGCGGGCUGUGGUGCUGCUGGGCUCCCUCUGCAUCUUCAUGCGCGAGACCCACAUGAACGAACGGGCCAAGUAUGCCAUUUACCAGUACGACCUGGAACUGGACCGCUGGUACCUCAGGCAGCCUGUGUCAGAGCGCGUGCUGUGGGACAUGGGGAAGGACUUCCGCUGUGCCGUGGGGAAGCUGUACCCGUCCUGCCUGGAAGAAUCCCCCUGGAAACCACCCACCUACUUGUUCUCCCCAGAAGGGGCAGAGGAGUUUGAGGUGGACGGGGAGAUGGUCUCCCUCCCUCACAUAUAGCUCGUAGCCUUUCACCUCUGACUUGAGUCCUCCAAUUGACCUAUGAACUCUGGAUGGGAGGUGGAGGGAUGGACCUGAAAAGGGAGAAGUAUUGUACAACAGAACUGUGUACCUAAACUAAAGAGUUUAAUUUGUGUUCAAGGAGAACUACAAGGCUUGCUGCAUUACAUGGCUGUUCCGCCUGGCUGUUCCGCCUGGCUGUUCCGCCUGGCUGUUCCGCCUGGCUGUUCCGCCUGGCUGUUCCGCCUGGCUGUUCCGCCUGGCUGUUCCGCCUGGCUGUUCCGCCUGGCUGUUCCGCCUGGCUGUUCCGCCUGGCUGUUCCGCCUGGCUGUUCCGCCUGGCUGUUCCGCCUGGCUGUUCCGCCUGGCUGUUCCGCCUGGCUGUUCCGCCUGGCUGUUCCUGACAAAUAGACAGUACAAUGCCUCCGACAUUCAACAUGCAGGAGAGAAAAGGAAAAAAAACGAUUCCCCUUGAAAUACUAGUAAUCUGAAGAGAAAAGAGUUUUCUCUUGGUUGUUUUUGUUUCCUCAUUUUGUCAGUUGCAACUUCUAAGUAUUAUUACACCUCUGUUAUACUGUUACUACAAUGUGAUAAUUGAAAGUCAGCUGAUUUGUGAUGACGAUGGUGAUGCACUUACUGGUGAAAACCUCCUUUGGAAUGACGAUGGCAACUGUACCAAAACCCCCCCAACCCCUUGGUUUCCACCUCUUUCCUUCUCUCCAUCUCACACCACUGUCGUAGGCUUAACCCACAGCCAUCCCUCCUAGGUCCAUUGUGCUGCGGCCUAAAUGAAAUCCUCCUCGUCCCUGCGAUCUGGGGCGGUUCCUAUAGCCUGGGACCCUCUGGCUUUGUUCAAAAAGCAGUGCUCUUGCUAGUGGAAACAGUGUUUGCGUGGCAGCCCUGAAACGCCCAGGUGCGGGCACGGAGCUGGCCGAUGGGCAGGCACAGUGAAACUAGCGGUGGGGACGCGGGGGAGAAGGACUUCUAGGUGACUGCAGGUCCAGCCACUGGCCCUCACUCCUCGUCCUCACCUCCUUGUCCCAGGCACACGACCCCUGACCUCUCCCUUCUAGUCACCCCGUCCCCACAAGGUCACACUAGCAUCCCUUUAGCCUGUCGGCGGCCCCUCGUGGUCCGCUGUGGACGACUGGGGCCAGUUGAUUCGGUCGUGACCGGCGCACCACGCGGGGGGGCAGUGGCGGAGCGGUUUGUGAUGCACGUUUAGUCAGUCUCACACGGGUCUUCCAGGCAGCCAGUGGACCGUUUACAGAACAGAGUUCACCCUAACCAGCCUCUGUCGGAUUGAUGAUGGGAGGAUGCACGCCUGCUCUCUUCACUCUCUUCUCUCAUUAGUAUCAU